AAAUGCUCAACCGGUUUACGUACGCGGUUAAAUUUAGCAAAGACAAGCUUUUAAUUUUUUAGUUUGACACCGGAACAAAAUCAAAAGUUCGAGUUCAUCUCCCGCUUUCCGCGGUAACGCUCUCACGUUACCAUAGCAAUGAACAGAGGCAAAUGGGAGAAGACACUCACCCAUUUUCAGGCAUGUGCACGUGGACACUUGGUGAGGAGCGAAGUCCGUCGUGCACGAGAAGAUUUUGAAGGCAUCGUGAAAGAGAUUGAUGGAGGCUUGACCCAUCUACAGUGGAGGGACACGGUUAUCCCAAUCCCCCACUUCACAGACACUGACGGCCCGUUACUACGACCCAGCACCGCUGCCAGCAAGUCCUCAGAUCCAGGACCAGAUGUCAGUGCCGGUCCGCAGACCCCAGCAGCAGCACCCUUACCGCAGGAGAGAGGGGGAGAUCAUGGUCUCCUUCCUCAGAGGAUAGAAGCUGAGAGAGAUGGUUCAGAAACCCAAGACCUAGCCCAUCUUUCCAGUGACUCUUUCCCCAGCAGCCAGGCUAGAAGAGACGAGGAGGACCAGAGACAGGGGGGCGUGAGGGAUCAGGAGGGAGAUAAAGAUAGAGGGGUGAUGGAGAGCACAGGAGACUCCACCCCUGUCUGGAGCAGUUUGGAACUGGAUGUGAAUUACAGUCACUCUCACCAGGGUCCCCGGCAGUACUGCUUGGCUCAGGAGGUGCCUCAUACACCAGAGGCCCUGCGUCUCCAUAGAAACACCCUGACCAUGGAGCUGGUCUGGCUACAGCAGGCCAUUGACAGCAGGAAAAAGUACUUGUCACUGAAGGAUAGGCUGACCAUAUCCUGACAGCAGAAGUAAUCUGAACUGGAUUUAACAAUGUGGGCCCGAAGACAGACAUCACUCUAACAACAUCUGUUUAACCUGUUAUUUUACAUAUAUUUAAAGAAAUUGCUUUCGAAAAGUAUUGAUCAUGUGUUUGACGAAACCUGUACAGUGUGUUAAAUAAAUGUAUUUUUCUAAAAUGGC